CAUGCUGCCAGUCAGUUAAAUAUUUGAGAAAUGUUUUGCCACUUGUAUGUCAAAUUGUGUCUCCUACUCAUGUUAUUCAACGGUUAUAAAGCAGCUCGGAAAUGGGAACUCGAGCCCCUAUCUAUGGAAGUCAGCUCUUCGGAUCCGGAACUAAUAAGACUCGAGGCAAAGAUCGUUCGAAUGGGGCGGGCGCAAUACGGAUUGUCUGCUACUGUCGAUUGGAAUUACGAUGCGACCGAGGAAACUAUGGUUGAAUUCACUAUCCUUUACAGCACUUCGGGAGAUAAGAGAGACUAUAAAUUGCUCCCUUGGGCGAUUCCCAAACAAUCCCUUUACCACUUUCUCAGCACCUUCUACAAGGAUCGUUUAAUGGAUAAAUAUGAGUCCUGCACCAAUAUGCCUCACAUUAAGGACAAGUUUGAACCGCCCUGGCUAAAGCAGAAAUAUUACGCCGACAAAUGCGUGGACGAUGGCAAAGGUGUGAUGGAUGUCGUACCUCCCGGAUUCUACAAAUUCAUAUUGAAUUGUACCGGACCGGAUCAGCCCUCUUGGGGUGCAGUUGGUCUUUAUAAAAUUACAACCAAAUUUUUUUAACUCAAUAAAUAUAAUAACCAGGAAAAAUCUAGAAUAACAAGAAUAAUUUCAUUCGGGUUUUACUGAAACCCAUUAUGUAAAAACAUAAUAUAGCGAAAAGAGGUAAGGGUUUACUUAAAACAAUAUUAUUAUUAUUCAUCUAUGAAAUUUUAAAACGUAUAUAUUUUUUAAGUUGAUUUGUAUUUUUUCGUUUGACCUAAAUAUUUUCAAUUACCUAAGGAUGAAUAUUUUAACAAGCUUUGUAGAUUUAAGAUUGGUAUAAUGUCAUGAUUGGCUGGUAUUUUAACAAUCUACAUAUACCGUGCUUUGUUAAAAUAAAAACAACCUAAUAUAUUUAUAUAAUGAACAUGUAUUUUUUGGUUUGUCCCUACACACAUUUUACAGACUGAAAUAUUCCCAAUGACCUAGGGAAUAUUUUAACACUGCACUGUAGAUUUAAGAUGGUAUAAUGUUAUAAAUGAUUUGCAUUUUACCAAUCUACAAUGUACUGUGCCUUGUCAAAAUAUUUAUCUCUAGGUUAGUGAAAAUAUUAAAUUAGUCUGAUAUAAUGUCAUGCAAAACUACUGGCUUUAUUUUAUUUUUUAUACCGGCUAUAUAAACUGAAACUCAGACAUGCUACAUGUCAGUGAAAUAUUUGAAAAAUGUCUUGUUAUUUGUUUGUUGAACUUUGUCUCCUAUUCCUGUUUUUAAUCGGUUGUAAAGCAGCGCGGAAAUGGGAAUACGAGCCCCUAUCUGUGAAAGUCUUCUAUUCGGAUCCUGACCAAAUGAAACUCGAGGCGCAUAUCGUUCGAAUGGGGCGCGCGGACUUCGGAAUGUCCGCAACCGCCGAUCUGAAUUACGAUGCAACCGACGAAACUAUGAUAGAAGUCAUUGCUUAUCGCAGCCGUUCGGGAGAUGAGAGGGACUACAAGAUGCUCCCUUGGACGGUUCCCAAACAACCCUAUUACGAUUAUCUCAACAUCUACUACAAGGAUUUGUUUAUGAAAGACUUUGCCUCCUGCAGCAAUUUUCCACAGUUUAAGGAUAAAUUUGAACCGCCGAUGCAAAAAAAAAAAUAUUACGUCGAUAAGUGCAUGAUCAAUGGCGAAGGGCUGCCGGAUUUGUUACCCCCUGGAUACUACAAACUCAAAUUUAAUUGCACCGGACCGAAUCAGCCCUAUUGGGGCUUUAUUGCUAUCGUAAGAGUAACAACCAAACUGUUUUAGAUCAACGGAAGCCCCAAAAAAUAAAAAAAACAUGUUUAUAAGAACCGUCUUAACUUCAGAGGAGAAACAAAAGUGAAAUUAGAGUUCAUAUUUUUGUUUUAAGUUAAUAGGUAUUUACGUAAAAGAGUACUAAUUUGGUUUCUAUAUAUGUAGCUUAAUCUUCUACGUGAAUGAAUGUAUGAUCUUUGCGACUACAAUCGGUUAAAGCUCUUGUGUUUAAAAUAGUAAAUAUUAUAUUUUAAUAAAA